AUUAGUUAUUUUUGUUGAGUUCAGUUAUUGAGUGCAAUUUAGAUAGAGUAAUGAAAUAAAUAGUAGUGAAAUACUAUAGUGAAUAUGAGUAUUAAUAUACAAUAUAGCAUAAUAAUAAUUUAAUUUUAUAAUAUUAAUAUAAUUACUGUAGAGAGAUAGUUUUCGUUUUUAAUUUAGAUUAAAAGUUUAAAAUUAAGACUAAAUAUAUGCUGACGCAGACAGGGUAUACUAUUAUUGUGUUAAAUGAUUUUAUAAAAUAACCAUCGUUUAAUUCCAGUCAGUGGAUUUCAAUUUUAAAAUGAUAAUGAAUGAAAUAAUCAUUUACCUAAGUGUUGUUAUUAUUGUGGUGUUUUGGUGUUACUUCAAAUGGAACAACAGGCAUUUUGAAAAAUUGGCAGCUAGAAUGCCGGGACCUCCAUCGUACCCGAUCAUUGGAACAGGAUAUAAAUUUAUUGGAUCACAAGAACGGAUCAUAAGUCAAAUAAUUAGUUUGGUCAACGAAUAUAAACUAGAUCCAAUUAAAAUAUGGUUAGGACCAUAUUUUGGAGUUGUCAUUGACAAACCGGAAGACCUAAAAAUUGUCUUAAAUAGUUCAAAGGCUCUUCAAAAAGGUCGAAUGUAUGAAUUUUUUAAGAAUUAUGCGGGUGAAGGUUUGUUUACUGCACCAGUGGACAAAUGGCGGAUACAUCGUCGAAUGAUCAAUCCCGCUUUUAAUGCCAAACUUUUGGAACAGUUUUUCCCUGUGUUUAACGAAAAAAACCAAAUUCUUAUCAAGAAUGUUAUGAAAGAAUCAAAUAAAACACAAGCGUUCGAUCUCUGGCAAUAUAUUGCACCGACUGCUCUUGAUACUAUUUGUCAAACUACUAUGGGUUACAAUCUUGACAGUCAAUCAAACAAUAAAGAAUGUGAAUUCGGCGAAGCAAUUGUAAUAGGAACAGAUUUAGACGCGAUGAGAAUUUACAAACCAUGGUUAUACCCGGAAAUCUUGUUUUCAAUGUAUUUAAAACUGACUGGACAGCAAAGAAUCUUCGAAACAGUGAAACAAUUUCCAUUACAACUAAUCAAGGAAAAGAAAUAUGAAUUUGACCAGAAAAAAAAAUCAAUUAAUAAAAAAGACAUAACCGACAAUGACGAUGAAAACCAAUCAAAACGGUUUUUGGACAUAUUGUUCGAACUGAAACAUGAUGGUGGUAAACUUUCAGAUUCCGAUAUUAGGGAUGAGGUUGUAACGAUGAUGGCUGGGGGUUUUGAAACCAGCGCUAUCACAGUAUGUUUUUGUCUUUUGAUGAUAGCCAUACAUCAAGAUAUCCAAGAUAAAGUAUACAAUGAAAUUUACGAUAUAUUUGGCGAAAGUGACCAAACGAUAACUAUUGAUGACACUACCAAACUCGUGUACUUAGAACAAGUGAUAAAAGAAACCCUUCGAUUAUAUCCAACAGGACCAUUGUUACUCAGAGAAAUUCAAGAAGAUCUUAAAAUAUUUUCAAGUGAUUACGUACUGCCAAAAGGAACGACGUGUGUUAUAGCUUUAUUAGCCACACAUUUAAGUCCUGAUUUAUACUCAAAUCCUUGGUCUUUUAAUCCUGAAAACUUCAGCCCUGAAAAUGUCGCUAAACGUCAUAAAUAUAGCUUCAUUCCUUUUAGUGGUGGUCCUAGAGGUUGCAUAGGAUCUAAAUAUGCCAUGUUGUCGAUGAAAGCCGUUGUGUCAACAUUCUUGCGACAUUUUAGCGUACACACAGAUGUCAAAUUAACAGAUAUUAAGUUAACAUUAGGUUUAUUGAUGAGAAGUGUUCACGGUUAUCCUGUUACGAUUCGACCAAGAGACAGAAGACCAACAUACAAGUGGAACCAGAAUCAGCAAGGAUAAUGUGCAAUUGAUUGAUAUGAUUAGUUUAUUUGAAAUACUUUUGAGUUAGAUAUCAGUUAUAAUAUUAGUGUACAUGUUUUUUAUUAAAUACAACAAUACAAACAACAGUGAAUAAAGGAGAAUAAGUAAUUUUAAUUUUUAAGCUUAAAUUGUGUAUUAAAUAUUUAAAAUAACUUAACUUAAUGCUCAAUUAAAAACAUUGUUUAACUUAAUUUAUAACAUUUAAAAAAAACUUGAAUGCAUUUUAUUUUUUUUUUUAUUUUUUAUUUUUUAUUUUUCAAUGUUUUAUAUAUGCAGGUAAUAGUUUACUGUUGGUUGAUAUUUAUACAUAAUAAGUUGACAUUUUUAAACUGUGUAGUACAUUAAUUGUUUAAUCUUGGAUAGUUAAAAUAUUUUUUCAAUUUCUUGUGAUUUAUGAUCCAAUAAUGUUUUGAGAUUAAGUCAGUAAUAUUUGUUUGUGUUUUGAUUUCAUACCACCAUAAUAAAGUUUUAUCGAUAUUUUAUGUUUAUUUAUCAUAUUUUUCAAUGCAAUUGUUCGUGUCUUGUGAUAGUAAAUAAAUGAUAAUUAAGUAUGGA